AUGCUGGAUACGGGGCCAGAGGUGGAAGAGAGGACUGCGACUGAUAGUGUACAGGUAGCUGGGACUACGUCUGGUACUGAACCAGCGGCUGGGGGUGCAGAUAUUAGGCUAGGGGCUGAGGCUGUAGCUGAUACUGGGCCUGUGGCUACUGGAUCUGUCCAGAUGUCUGUUCCGUCUGUUUCUUUUUCUUAUCCGGGUGUGAAUCGACUCUUCAUCAACUCUGUCAAUGCUGGGAUCCGAGCUCGUGUCGCGACAAUAUCAGUCAAGUGGGUAGGGAUCGACGCGGGAAUUGGCGGAAUCCCUGGAGCUGGUGCUACAGGUGGUACCGCUGGAUAUACCGCGGGAGAGUCGAUAUGGGUGGCCGCGGCUGGAGGUACGGUAGGUGGUGGUACCGGAAAUGGAGCAACUGAUACCGCUGGUGCGGGUGCUGGAUACACUGUAGGCACUGGGGGCACGGGUGCCGCUAGUGCCGGGUACACAGUAGGUCCAGGUGGCGGUGGUGCCGGGUACGCCGCAGGCUCUGCUAGUGGAGGUAUCGAGUUUGCCACGGGUGGUACAGUGUGUACGAUAUGGGUGGGUACCUCCAACGAAGCCAUCGGAGUCUGA